AUUGAGCUCUAACAGCAGACUGACACCCUCUCUGGACUACUCUCAAGUAGUUAGCUGUCAACAAAUUAAAGUUGUCAUUUUGGACUAUUUUUUACGCGUAAAGAACAACAUGCAUUGACACCAGAUUUGGGAUUUAACGGAGCGAUGUUACAGAUUCUUUGAAGAGUUUGUUUUUUCUUACUUGUUGACUUACUAGCUCGGUAGCUAGCUAAGUUAGCUUAAGAGCCGACUGAAUUUAACUGGUACUGCGGGCAGUUGAGUCCCGUAGGCUUUUCCUUCUUAUUUUAUUUAAUUUAUUUGGCAUCGAAACAGUCGUUUGGACAGUUCGCCGCCUCCUUAGGUUCCUGCCAUGGCUGACAGCAGCAUAGUAACUUUAGGGGCCGCUCGGAGCCUGUUGGUGGAUUCGUCGGUCUAUGAUUCCAGGAUUGCUGAGACCACCAAGGACAAUUUGUUUCUGGGCAUGGCAGGUGACGACGGGGAAGAUAUGCUGCCAAAAGUGGAGACACGUGUUGUUCUGGUGGGAGAGGCGGGCAAAAAUGGAGCGUUGGUCAAAGCACUUCAGGCCAUCAGAGUAAUGGAGGUACCUGUGGUAAAGAUAAGAGAGGGCGAGGCGGGCGCCGAAGAGAAAACGAUGAUAAAAUCUAUUGUCAAUAUGGAUAUCAACACACCGUUCAUAAUGACCGACAACGUCCAGGACUUCGGAGAUGGAGAAAACACCGAUUUUGAGACGGUGUUUGUCCUCACAGACUUCGAUUCUCCUGACUACACCUACCUCUACAAGCGGGAAAACCGCGUCGUCGGGCCUCCUGUCGUGCUGCACUGUGCUGCGAAGGAGGAACCUCUACAGUUUUCAUGUCGUCCUCUCUACUCCACCACAAUGCUUAACCUGUCGCUGUGCUUCACUGGCUUCAGGAACAAAGAGGAAAUAAAGAACUUGGUGAACUUGGUGCAUCACAUGGGUGGGACCAUCCGGAAAGACUUCAGCACCAAGGUCACACAUCUUAUUGCGUACUCCACCCAUGGAGAGAAAUACAGGCUGGCAGUGUGCAUGGGGACUCCCAUCCUCACACCAUUAUGGAUUCAUAAGGCCUGGGAGAGAAGAGAUGAUGUGCAUUUCCAUGCAGGCGAAGAGGAGUUUCGAACUGAGUUCAAAGUGCCUCCGUUCCAGGACUGCAUUCUUAGCUUUUUGGGUUUCUCAGAAGAAGAUAAAGCCAACAUGGAGGAGAGGACUCUUAAACAUGGUGGCAGUUACCUUGCUGUUGGAGAUGAAAGAUGUACACACAUGGUGGUAGAGGAAAACUCUGUAAAGGAGCUGCCAUUUUCUCCAUCCCCGAAACUCUUUGUGGUCAAACAAGAGUGGUUCUGGGGCAGCAUUCAGAUGGACGCUCGCGCUGGGGAGUCCAUGUACCUCUAUGAGAAGAACGACAGCCCGGCCAUGAAGAAAGCCGUGUCUCUCCUGUCGCUCACCACCCCCAACAGUAACCGCAAGCGUCGGCGUCUGAGAGACACACUGGCCCAGCUCACCAAGGAGACUGAGAUCUCCCCCUUCCCUCCGCCGCGCAAAAGGCCGUCCGCAGAGCACUCUCUGUCCAUUGGUUCUCUGCUCGACAUCUCCAACACACCUGAGACAUGCAAAGUCCUGGGAGACGACAGAAUAAGAGACAGUACUGUGACAAGGAAUAAGAUGAGAAGGAAAACGAGGGAAAGGAGGAUUAGGACAGACAGGGAAGAGAGAAGGAGAAGGUCCCACCUGAGAAAAAGUACCCGUCAACAACCAGAGGAAGAGCAGCAGGGAGAUUAUGCAGAGAGCUCAAAGCCAUCCAAGAGUUCGACUCCGGUCCUUUCCAAGCAGUCGGCCAGGUGGCAGGUCUCCAAGGAGCUCUACCAGACUGAGAGCAACUAUGUAGACAUUUUAAACACCAUCCUACAGCUUUUUAAGCUUCCACUGGAAAAAGAGGGGCAAGUGGGAGGACCCAUCCUGGCCCAAGAGGAAAUGAAGACAAUAUUUGGCAGCAUCCCCGACAUCUACGACGUUCACACCAGAAUAAAGAAUGACCUUGAGGAGCUCCUCACCGACUGGUCAGAAAGCAGAAGUGUUGGAAACAUCAUUUUGAAAUACUCUAAAGAGCUGGUGAAGGCUUACCCCCCAUUUGUCAACUUUUUCGAAAUGAGCAAGGAGACUAUUGUUCGCUGUGAGAAACAAAAGCCACGCUUCCAUGCAUUUCUCAAGAUCAACCAGGCCAAGCCAGAGUGCGGGAGACAGACACUGGUGGAGUUGCUUAUCAGACCAGUACAGAGGCUGCCUAGUGUGGCCCUUCUCCUUAAUGACAUAAAGAAACAUACGUCUGAUGACAACCCAGACAAGAUAACUCUGGAGAAAGCAAUCGAGUCUCUGAAAGAAGUCAUGACUCACAUCAAUGAGGACAAGAGGAAGACUGAAGGCCAGAAGCAAAUCUUCGAUGUUGUUUAUGAAGUUGACGGCUGUCCUGCCAAUUUGCUGUCCUCUCAUCGUAGCCUGGUUUACCGAGUGGAGACGAUUGCUCUGGGAGAUCAGCCGUGCGACCGCGGAGAGCACGUCACACUCUUCCUCUUCAAUGACUGCCUCGAGAUUGCAAGGAAGCGACAUAAGGUGAUCAAUACAUUUAAGAGUCCACUGGGACAGACGAGACCGCCGCCUCCGCUCAAACACAUAGCACUAAUGCCGCUGUCUCAGAUCCGAAGAGUGCUGGACCUGCAGGAUACUGAGGAGUGUGUGAAUGCAUUCGCCCUGGUGGUCCGUCCUCCAACCGAACAGGAGAACUUGUUGUUCAGCUUCCAACUGACUGGCGAGGAGACGGUUAAAAGUGCCUGGCUGCGAACACUUUGCCGCCAUGUCGCCAACACCAUCUGCAGGGCUGAUGCGGGGGACCUUAUUCAAAGUACAGACCCAGACUCACUGCAGGUCAGCACUAAAGAUAUGGACAGCACCUUGAGCAAAGCCUCCAGGGCCAUCAAGAAGACAUCUAAAAAGGUGACGAGGGCAUUUUCUUUCACCAAGACCCCGAAGCGUGUGAUCCAGAGGGCGUUCAUGGCCAACAGUACCCCAGAUGAGAAAAGCCAGAGGCUGAGUUGUGAAAACCGGAUUGGCAGCAGCUCCACGCUGGCUAUGUCUCGUUCUGCCUCUACAUUCAGUUUGAACGAUCCCAUCAAAAGCAGCGCCAUGGUGCAGCGCUCUAACUCUCUGGACCUCCCGCCCGUCAGAGCCAGGGCCCCUGUCUGUAUGCGUCCCCCCACCACCUCGGCCCCAAACCCUGCUCAUAGUCCCUGUCGGGUCAGCCAAUGUGUCGACCUCAGCUAUUGCUCCGGCACUCAAAAGUCGAAACCUGUCCCUCCUAGUUUGUCGUUAACCCAAGCAGCAGAACCUCUGACCCAACAGUCAACAUCUUUAACCCAACCAACAUCCACUUCCAAACCAUCUGUCCAAAGCACAAUUCAGCUUAAUUCUAAGAAAUCCCAGCCAAAAUCUAGCCUGCAUGUGCCCAGACCUUUGCCCUCUUUGGGAUCCCAGCCAAGGUCCCCAGCUCCUCAGCCUUUUAAUGUCAAAGGCAACACCUUUUCUGAGUCACACAGGGAUCCCCAAGUUCCCCUGGAUCCACGCAAGGCUGUGCUGACCAGUCCUCGCAGAGAGACUCUGCUGUAAAACAUCGCUGAGCUAGGUGCUGGAGUUUGAUGCACACCAUUCCCCCUCCAUGGUCAAUCUGCCUUCCAUGUUUGAGAGGAAGUACCACACAUUCAGCCGCUCCAGCACCCACCUCUUCUGAGACGCCGCUGCGACGGGGUCACCUCUUCUCUUUCCACCUCCUUUGCCUUGACUGCCACUAGCUGUCCAGAUUUGACACACUGAUCUAUCUGAGUAAAAGCGGAAGCUUUACAAAGCGUUUUAAAGUAUGGUGAACUUCCAUUUGUCCAUACUGGAGCUCUGCACAGACUUUCCAGUUCCAGAAUAAAUUACCUUUAGCCGGAAGAAUGCACUGAAGACGGGGACGGACUGACAUGUGGCAGUGUCCGGGCUGUCUCAAGCUUCCUGUUUGAAACCAGGGUGAAAGCAAUAAACCAACUCUUUGUCAUCUUGACAUUCAUCAUGAUGUCUUCAGUUGAAGGCGGUCUGUGUAGCUGCAUCCUACAAGAUGGUUUAUCUUUACAAGCUUGCACAAUAGCUGGAAAAUACUAUCAGUAAGGUUUAACUGGAUGCUACACCAUGCUUGGGGAUGCAGGUGUGUGUAAAGGCCUCUGGUUCUGACAAGGUUUUACAAAAAAAAAAAUGAAGGAUCGUCUGUUUUUUUGUUUGUGUUUGUUAAUGGUGUACACUGGCACAGCUCAUACCUUGUUCCUGUACUUUAACAGUUACAUUUUGUGUUCACACUCGGCUUCAUUAUUUGCUGUUGUUAUUGUUUAGUGUCGACACUAACCGUACACACACCAAGUACUCUUUGUUUAAAUGGAUAUUCAAACGUGUCCUGGAUGUUUCUCCCAUUUCACCGUGCUUUGCCGAAGGAAAUUAACAUUUAAUUUAGAGGUUGAAGUUUUCCAUUUGUCAGAAUGAACCGCGUUGUCCGUUUUAUGUACUCGUUAAAGGUACAGGCGUCUCUUGCCCUUCACUCUUAAGGCUGUUUUUUUAAUUAACUUACCUUUGUAUUAACUGACAUUUAAGAUUUGUUUUAUUGUAGUGGGGGUAGACUUAAUUCCACCUGAUAUAAUUAUAUGACUUGUUGUGAUUAACCCACCUUCUUAAUGUUAACUUAAGACAGUCUCCAGCUUUUAUAAAGCUUCUAUUUUAACAUUUAACAGAUUUGGUUGUGUAGAAUAAAAGCUUGUGUGCACCUCUUCCCUGUACGCCUCUCUGCGGUUUACAGACCUUUUAUAGAGCGUCCAUGGUGUCUGUGUAUCUGUCUGUGUUUGAGAAGGGAUGCAGUGUACAUAUUUAUUCUCGAUGCUGAGUACAUAAAUACUUGUUUUUUCUCUGUUGCUAUUUAUGUUUGUUCCACUUUUAUAUCUGCCAUUUUCAUGUUCUUUCACCAAGCUUGUCUCUACUUUAUCUUUGUAUUAAAUGCACUUAAACAUGUA